AACUUUUUAGGGUUUUAGAGUCCCCUUCCCAUCACUAUGAGCUCUACAGCCAUGGAUAUCCACCCCCCUCCUCCACCACCAUGUUGGAGCAACAUAGUGAAGCAACAACCGCCGCCACGGCCACCGCCGCAACUUACUACUACUCCGGCCACCGUCACCGCCGCCGUAGCUGCAGCAACAGCGGCGAAGGUAGGUAAUGGAGUUUUGGUAGGGAGCUGCAAGUCGACGAAGGGGAUAGCAGUGGCUGUGGUAGAUGCAAACGCUAUAAUUCAAGGCGGAGAUAAGCUGAAUCAUUCUGCUGACCGGUUUUUUACGGUACCUGAAGUGCUUGCGGAGAUUCGUGACCGGAACUCCCGUCAUUCACUCAAUUUACUUCCGUUCACUAUUGAUACCACGGAGCCUUCCCCUGAUUCUCUUAAAAAAGUUAUUAGCUUUGCAAGGGGUACUGGUGAUUUGCACACACUUUCUGAUGUGGAUCUCAAGCUCAUUGCUUUAACUUACACAUUGCACGCUCAAUUUCAUGGAACCCAGCAUCUCCGAGAUUGCCCUCCAGCUAUUCACAUGAUUAAUGUAAAAAGGUUGCCAGAGAAGGACUUGCCUGGAUGGGGCGCUAACAUCUCUAAUCCGGAAGAAUGGGAAGCAAUAGAACAUGCACUUGAUGAUGGAGCAGACACUACCUCUAGAAUUCUUCCCUUGAAAGAUUUGAGCUUGAAUGUUAUUCCUCUUGAUCAACAAAGUGGUAGAGAUGGUUCUGUCGUGAAUGGUGUUGAUUCUCAUUCUGAGAAUCAGAUGGAUGCCAACGAUGGCUUCAGUAAACCUCAAAAGUACUUGCCACAGAAAAAAGAGGUGAAGAUUAAUGGUAAGAAGAUGGUUGCUGAUGGAAUUGAUGCAUCACAGGGACAAUAUGAUGAUCAUGGUGAUGAUUGGCUACCUGCUGUGAGCAGAAGUACUCAUAGGAGAUUUCUCAGACGAAAAGCUAGGCGUGAAAUGUCUGAAACAUCAUCUAAAAUGGAUGAUUUACAAGAUGCUACUGAAAAUACAGUAGAUGAAAACCUCGAAAACUGUCAAUGCGAUGAUAUCUCUAUGAACCAAAUCCCUGAAGAAAAUCCCGAGGCGAAUGCCGAGGAUGGUAAUGUUUCUGAAGUAAGAGACGGUGAAGAAAAAUUGUCUAUGAUUUUGAGUCAGAUGCGGCUUGAAGAAGAUUCUGCUAAAGCUCUUCAAGAUGAUGCAGAUGUAAACAUUUCCAAUGAGGGGCCUGAAUCAAAUGAUGCUAAUCAAGACGGUAAAGAAUUUGAAGAAGAUGAAGGGGAGGAUUUCGUCUGUGCUGAUGGAGGAGCGGAAGAUGCAGAGAUGUCCAGCCAGAUGGAUGAGAGCGUUGAGACAUCGUUUGUGGAUGAUAACAGCAGUGAACAAAGUUGGAUGUUAAAAUCUUUGUCCGAGUCAAGUGUGGCCUGUGUGACAGCUGAUUAUGCAAUGCAAAAUGUUAUUCUUCAAGUCGGUUUACGCCUUGUGGCACCUGGAGGAAUGCAGAUCCGUGAGCUGCACAGGUGGGUACUGAAAUGCCAUGCCUGCUAUAAAGUGACAACAGAUGUUACCAAGAUUUUCUGUCCCAAUUGUGGAAAUGGGGGAACUUUACGCAAGGUAGCAGUGACUGUUGGCGAAAAUGGCAUUGUGAUUGCAGCACGCAGACCACGUAUAUCCUUGCGAGGGACAAAGUUCUCCCUGCCUUUACCUCAAGGGGGUAGAGGUGCUGUUACCAAGAACCCAGUAUUACGCGAGGACCAGCUUCCGCAGAAGUAUCUUUAUCCUAAAACAAAGAAGAAGAACAAGGGGGAUGACAACAUAUUUACUCCGGACACUAUUUUUCUCAACCAUACUAGUAAGAAGGCUCCUCUGCAGCCCCCUGUUCGCAAGGCACUAGCUGUUUUCAGCGGGAAGAGGAAUCCUAACGACAAUCAUUAUUCUCGCGCUAAGCAUUAGUUUGAAUUUUUCGAAAAGACCACUCUUAUGAGUUCACAUUUUUAUACGAGCGAUCUGGGUUUUCUAUACUAGUCCAUUAUAUAGUUGGAUGCCCUGAAGAUCAAUGCUACCAAAUCCUACUUUACAGAUUAUUUUUUUGGGGGCUUGUUUAUGGAUGGUCUCAGUAAUAUGGGAUACAGUUUUAUUAUAAAUAUUUAAUGAUAUUGAGUUUCUGCA